AUGCCUAUGAGUUGGGAUGCCGCUGCUGAUGCCAAGCUCUUCACUGUCGUGAUGGCAGUCUACGAUAUCAAAAUCACUGGAGCUCAGAAUGAGAAGAUUGCCAAGAUGAUGGGAGAAGAAACCAAAACAGACGUCACCCCAAAAGCCAUAACCCACCGCCUCUCAAAGAUAAAAGCCCAAGCCGCUUCCUUCUCCCACGUCGCCCCCGGUACCCCCGCCUCAGCCCGCAAACGUCCCUCAACCCCCAGCAACAGCGGCAAGACCUCCAAGACCCCUGCUUCCAAAGGCAAAAGCUUUGGCAUUGCAAACAAAAUCCUCGGUCCCAAUGGCAGAGUCCUCUCUGCAACCCACACAAUCACCACUCUCAUGCACGAUGAUGGUCAAGAUGAUGAGGAGGACUUUGAUACACCCACCAAGUCCCGCGUCAAGACUGAGGCAGGAUCGUCGAAGAAGAGAAAGAUGACUGCUCCCAAGAUUGAGGAUUUUGUGGGUUAUGCUGAGGUUGAGGGGAUGGGUGAUGCUAUUGAUUCCAGUCUUGCUUACCCUGCUGAGGUUAAGAUUGAGGAGGAUGUUGAGAUGCAGAUGCAGAUUCAACAGGGCAACAACAAAGCUAAGGGCAAGGGAAAGGAAAAGGCUGAGGUCGUUGAUCUGACUGAGACUGCUGAUACCAUCGACAUCACCGAUGAACUUUGCCACCAGGGAAAGAGCAACGCAAUUCCCAAGGGCAAGGGAAGAGCCAAGGAGCAGGCAGAGAUUGGAGCAAGUGCCACUAACGUGAAGGUCAAGAAGGAAGUCGUGGAUAUCCAGGAUGUGUAUGAGGAUGAGGAUGCCGAGAUGGUCGUUUAA